AUGGCGGACAAACGACAUGCUUCCAAGCGCGCUGCGCAAAUUUUAAAUAAUUUUAACCCAUGUACGCCAAAUAAACCAGUCAACACUAAAAUCCCAAAACCUAACACACCCGACAGACGAACGGAUGAAAAAGAAGAAGAAAAAACCAUAGAUAUGAAGGAAAUUCAUAAUAUGUUCUCGACAAUGAUGAAGAAACUCGAGAAACUUGACGCCGUUGAAUCUGAUAUGAAGCAAAUAAAGCAUUCAUUGGAAUUUGCACACGCAGAAAUUAACGAUUUGAAGAAGGAACAAGAAACAACAAAAGUUAGCAGUAAUGACGCAAAAAAACGGAUUGAAAAGCUAGAAGAGGAUAAUGCCACACUGCGCGGCAAAAUUGUUGAUAUCCAGGCAAGAUCCAUGCGCGAUAACCUGUUAUUUUUCAACAUACCAGAAAAUGACAAGGAAAAUACAACUGAACUCAUACACGAACUGUUAGAAAGCAGGAUGGAGAUAAAGGAAGCACGGAGUAACGUUAAAAUCGAUCGUUCUCAUCGUAUUGGGCGAAAGAAAGAGGAUCAACGCAGGCCACGGCCAAUUGUAGUGAAAUUUAAUUUUCACCAGGACAGAGAGCACGUGCGACUUAAUGCCAAGAAACUUAAAGGCACAAAUAUUGGCGUAUCUGAACAGUUUCCGGAAGAAAUAGAAAGAAUAAGAAAAACACUCUAUCCUGAACUAAAAAAGGCGAAAUCUGAAGGUAAAAGAGCCAAGAUUGUGAGGGAUAAACUUAUUAUUGAAGGGCGAGUGUUUAAUAAUAGUAGGUCUUGA